AUGCUUCAAUUGCCGACGAUACAAACACCUCCCAUGUUUGGGGACGACACACUGCUCCGCUCAAUCGAUUGGUUGGGCGGCUUCCCUUGGAAGCAAGAGAACGUCGUCAAAAAGGAGGAUGAUAAGUACGAAUUAGUUAUACAGGUGAAGGACUAUGCCCCCGAGGAAAUAUCGGUGAAAACAGCUGACGGCUUCGUAGUCGUUGAGGGGAAACAUGAGGAAAAGCAAGACAAUUAUGGUUAUAUUGCUCGGCAGUUCAUGAGGAGGUUCCAAGUGCCUGAGGGGUGUCGGAUGGAGGGAGUUCAGUCUAGGUUGACAGCUGAUGGCUUGCUUAUCAUUUCCGUUCCUAGAGUACCAGUGGUCAAGAAAGAUACUGUGAUAGCCGUCAAACACGAAGGAUCUACCAAAAGUAAAUUGUGA